CAGAAAUGGCUUCUCUUGAUAGGGUUAAAGUCUUGGUUUUAGGAGAUUCCGGUGUGGGAAAGUCUUCCUUAGUCCAUCUGCUAUGUCAGAACCAGGUUUUAGGAAACCCAUCAUGGACGGUUGGUUGCUCUGUCGAUGUACGGGUUCAAGACUAUAAGGAGGGAACACCAGAGGAGAAAACCUACUACAUUGAACUGUGGGAUGUUGGAGGAUCUGUUGGCAGUGCUAGCAGUAUCAAAAGCGUCAGAGCUGUCUUUUACAACUCAGUUAAUGGAAUUAUAUUGGUGCACGAUUUGACAAAUAAGAAAUCCAAUCAGAAUCUCUACCGGUGGUCACUAGAAGCUUUGAACAAGGACUCUUCUCCAACAGGUGUCAUCGUCUCAAAUGGUGACUAUGACCGAGAGCAGUUUGCAGAGAACUCAGUGCCUUUGUUGCUGAUUGGCACCAAGUUUGACCAGAUCCCAGAGAACAAACGCAAUGAAGUUCUCACCCGGACGGCCUUCUUGUCUGAGGACUUCAACGCUGAGGAGAUCAAUCUGGACUGCACCAACCCAAGGUACCUUGCUGCAGGCACGUCAAAUGCAGUGAAGCUUAGCAGAUUCUUUGACAAGGUAAUAGAGAAGAGAUAUUUCACAAGAGAUCCAAGCCAGAUGACGGGUUUCACAGACAGAAAACGGUUCAACUUCAAAAGUUUGCACUACGACUGACAAACUGUGAACACAACAACAGUUUUCUGUGGUCUCAGCAUGACACCUGUGGGCUUUUACAACACAAUUCAACAAUCACACUCACUCACUUGCUCUUAUUCAUACUUUCAUACCAACCCCAUUUUCACUGCUGUUUCUCCUUAAUGAAAACCCCCCUGAAUGUGUCUGCAAUCUGUAACUCUUUCAUUUACAGUAAGAUUCAAAUGUGUAUCACAAAAAUAUUGGAUUGUUAAUUAACUUAGCAGAAUAAAGAAACGCAUAUUCAAAGCUGACCAAGCUAGCACAAUAAUUUGCAAAAGAGAACAAUUUCAAAAUUUCAAAAAAGAAAUAAGGCUUUUAACUGGGUUUGAAAGGACAUAUGCAGAUGAAUGUACAGUGUAAAUGUUGUGUUUGAUUACUCAACCCUCCCCCCCAGAACUUUAAAUAAUGCAUUCAAUUCUAUUUCUCACAUGUAAGCUUAGUGAUUUUUUUUUAUAUAUAAUUGAUUUUCUAAAUGUUUGUGAAAUAAUAAACAGAUGAAAG